AUGUUAUUAUCAAAAUAAAACUAUGAUGAUUUUUAAUAAUACAACAUUCAUAAAACAAUGAAAUAAGAAUAGUUUUAAAUAAAGUAGAUGAAAUAAGAAGUUAUGAAGACAUCUUUAGAAGAAUAGAGAUAUAUACAAGAAGAGAUGAAAAGAAGAAAUUACGAAUUAAAAUAAAAAGAAGAUAAUGAUGAAAUUUAGAGAAUAUAAAUGUUGAAUAAGGAAUUAGCAGAUUAACAAAAGUAAAAAAAACUUUAAACAAAAGAAUCUUUAUCAAAAAAAUAUUCUGAAAUAAUAGAUUAAAGAAAUUCGAUUCUUAAUUAAAAGGUAAUAUUAUGAUAUCUAGAUUUUUAGAGAAAUGAAGACUUAAAUAUUGAAAAUUAAAUUAUUGAUAGUGCUUAGAAAGCUUUAUAAGAAGAAAGAUAAAAUUAAUUGUAAAAAAAACUAUUGUAAAGAUAAAUUUAUGAUGAAUAAAUGAAACUUGUAGAAGAAAAGAAGCAGAAGGAAAGAUUGAAUAAAGAUUAAGAGAGAGUAUUAUUUUAAGAAUAUGCAAUAAAAGAUUAACAAAGGAUAAUUUAACAAGAGGAAGAUUAUAAAAAAGUAUAUUUUAUGUUUGUAUAAUGAUUAGUAUUAUUAAAGAUUAGCUGAAAGGAAUGAACAUUUAUAAGACAUUUAUAGAAAAAAUGUUGAUGAUCCAAAAUCUUCUUUAGAUUAUAUAAUAAAUAAAUAAGUUAAAGAAAAGAUGGAUAGAGAACAAGAGGAAAUAAAAAGUAAAAGAUAACAUGACAGAAAUAUAAAAGAUCAAUAUUUAAAUACAUUAUCUUUAUAAUUAAAAGAAAAGGAAUAAAGAAAAAAAGAUUAUGAUUUAUAGGCUGCUUAGAAUAAAUAAGAAAUUCGAAGAGCAGCUGAAAGUUUUAAUGAUGAAUAAUAAAAAGAGAAAAGAAAAAAAAGAGAAUUCUAAUCAUAAUAUUAUGAUUAAUUAACAAAUUUGGUAAAAUUAAAUGUUAUUAACUUAGGGUAAUGGUUAUAAUUAAUAAGAUAAAUAAAUUGAGAAUUUAAGUUUAUCUUAGUCUUAGGUUUAUAAUCCAUUAACAAAUCCAAAUCCAAAUUAAAUUUAGAAUCCAUAUAUUUUAAGAUAACUGGGAAUUAACAAAUCUAAUCAUAUCCAAUCCCCUUAAUAAAGUUAAUCUAAAUUAGCUUAAUUAGGAUAGAGUAGUCUCUUUAAAUGAGGUUUAUGUUUAGGCG